AUGUUUGUUCAUUAUCACGUUUCGACUCAACAAGCUUGCACCUUCCAUGGUGACAUUUCCUUAGACACACUUGGAUCCAAAAAUGAUGACACGGUGGAUAAUGUGUUAAGGGAAUUAGAAAAUAAAUUAGGUGAAGGACCACUUUCAAGAAGGGAGGAAUAUGUUUUGCCAUCGGGUCCGCAUUCAGUUUUCCUAUUUUGUAAUGUUGACGAGCCAAAUUUUGAUAAGAUUUUAAAAGUUUGUUCAUUUGACGAUGACGAAAGGUUUAAGGAUGCUAAUACGUAUGCGUAUAUGAUGGAAGAUAAGGGUAAUAAUUGGAAGAUUUUCAGGUUUUCGCUUUUGAGGAGUGUGGAUCUUUUAAAUCAAUCGCGUCUUUUAUUUGUUCUAGUUGGGAGGGAAGUUACAGUUGUUAUUAGUCUUUUAGAUUCUGAAACAAUCCAGGGGAAGCUUGUUACUCGGAUGGAGCACGAGAAGACUAUUUCCAGUCUUUACUCUUGGAUUGUUGAUGAGAAUACCAAGAAUCUUAUGUAUUUGAGAGAUGAAAUGCGCGAGCUUUAUGCUACGGCCAGGGUCGGUAUGCCGCAGGAAGAGACAAUAAAGAAACUUAUAGAGACGCUUAGGUUUCUAUUUUUCUUUUCAGAGCAAUAUUUUAGUAUGUUGAAAGCCAUUACGGAAAUGUUUGGUGGUGAUCAUGAAAUUCAAGUAAAAUUGGCAGCUCAAGUUCGUAAUGCUGGUUUCUUCCAUCACGAAUGCAACGAGAAAUUGAAAACCACGUUGCGAGAGUUAGGGGUUUCCGAAGAAGAAAUUACAUCUAUCCAUGCACGUAUGAUAGGCUCUGAAAGUAAUUAG